GGUGCGUGUAUUUUAUUCUUUUUAUGGUACAUCCUCUACAAAACUUUGCGUGAAGUAUAGUGUUUCGUUAGCCAUGGGUUUAACAAUCUCAAGUCUGUUCACACGCCUGUUCGGCAAGAAGCAAAUGCGCAUUUUGAUGGUUGGGCUUGACGCUGCCGGGAAAACCACCAUCUUGUAUAAACUAAAAUUGGGUGAAAUUGUGACUACUAUUCCUACUAUCGGAUUCAACGUCGAAACAGUGGAGUACAAGAACAUUUGCUUCACCGUGUGGGACGUCGGUGGCCAAGACAGAAUCCGACUGCUCUGGCGCCACUACUUCCAGAACACCAAUGGUCUCAUCUUUGUUGUGGAUUCUAGUGACAAAGAAAGAAUUGCUGAAGCUGAAACAGAACUGCAGAAUAUGUUGCAAGAAGACGAAUUACGCGAUGCAGUUUUGCUUAUAUUUGCCAAUAAGCAGGAUCUUCCUACUGCUAUGAGUGCCGCUGAUCUAACUGAAAAGCUAGGCCUGAACAGCCUACGUAACCGUCGUUGGUAUGUUCAAGCAACUUGUGCCACACAGGGUAACGGUCUGUAUGAAGGACUAGAUUGGCUAUCCAAUGAACUCGCAAAGAACUGAAGAUAUAUCACGCAAUUUUGUUGUGUUCUUGGACUCUGGACUUGUCAAAGCUCAAAGCUGCAUCCAUCACUUUGCAAAGAAAUCUACUGAGAUUGGGUUUUUGUUUCAAAGUUCUAUCUGGGAACAAUUUAGUUUUCUUUAUGAAGAACGAUGAACCAACUUAUUAAUUUAUUCUCAGGAAAUUGAUUGUCAAGACAGUUGCAUGUGAUUUUCAGAUUACUUCUCAGUCAUAUUGCUAUCAUUUGUGAUUAAUUAAGAAAUAUUAAAGCUUUGAUGUAAAUGGGAGACACCUAAAAUAUUUGUCUAUCUUGCUGUGCCUGCUUGUGAUGAAAGCUGAUGUCACUAUUGAAGUACUCUCAAAAUGUCAGUUCCUCAUUUUAUGAGAAUUGCUGAAUUUUGUUGCUUUUACUAUUGACAUUAAGCUUGUAGUGUGGUGUAUACAUUAUUCUGUAAUGCCAAAUGUAUUAUAAAAUCAGAAUAUUUGGAACAAUUUUGAUUUUGAUACAGAUAUGUCAGGUUAAAUUGUGUAAAGAUAAGGAAAACGACUGUUACUGAUUAUCCAUUCCUUGUUAAAAUUCUCUGCCUAUAAAAUAUUUUCUCUUGUGCUGUUUAGUUUUGUUGUUUUGAGUAAUUUGUACGGUGUGGUUUGUGGAUCCUCUGAGUAACUGAGUUGUACCAUGUUAAAAUAUGACUGUAUUUGAAUGAAUUAUUGAAUUGGCCACAGAUUUGGCCAAAGUGUCUUGAUAAUUAAUCUACAGGCAGGUCACUCUGGUUUUAUCUUCAAAUUCCUGACCAUUUUCCUAUGGUUUCAACAUUUAGUGUGUUUUUGUGGUCUUGGUUGUUCUAGAUAUGUAGGGAAUGAAUGUGUCUUGUGUAAACUGCCAAGAACAAUUUUGUGUCAGGAAAGCAAUAGUGUAAAUCCUCUACACUAAUCUACAGGUUUUUGUUUCCUUACUCAUUUUAUCUGUGUGAAGUGAACUGUCAGUUACAUAUUUGUCAUGUGUUGGCUUAGCUGUCUAUUCAUAGUUUUCAAUUCUUUUUGAAAUUCUUGAUGAAGAUGUCUUAAUUACAUGAAAUGUAAAUGCAAAUGUCAAGAAAAAAGAUUUUCAACAGCAUUUAUGUCUAGUCAGCACCAGACAGAUCCUCAAGUUGUGUAAUGAUAGGUUCCUGCACAAUUAUGUGGUUGCUGUUGUGUCAGUUUAUUUUUUGUCAAUGUGAAAUGCAUCUUACUGUCUUUGGUCGGUUUAAUGUGAUUAAGAUAAAAUAAUACUUUGUGCUUAUCAUAAGCAGCAAGAUUUUACAGUGGUGUAUCACUCAGUUAUCCCAGAAAUAAUGCGGCUAACUGACUUUUUCUCUGGUUUUGCUUAAGUUUCCUGUUGACCUCCUUAGUUAAAUUCAUACUUACUAUUGUGAGCAUGUCAGUUUUAUUUUCUCCCUUUAUAACCAUAUCUGUGUACUAACGGGAGUUUAAAUGUUUGAGAGCUCCUAUUACUCCCUUGUUUUGAGGAGCUUUUCUGCAAGAGUUUGCAAGGUUUUAUAAUUAAGUUAAAGGAAAUGUGAUUGCUGUUUUGUGCUCUGAUUGUACAAUAUUAUCAUAGGAAGAAUUAUCAAUGUUUUACCAUUAUCUUUAUAUUUAAUAAAAUUUUAGAAAAUAAA